UUUUGAGGUCUUCUUGCUUAAAACAACCUUUUAAGUUUUGAAGUUGGUGUUGAAUACAGUCUUUGUUAUUCCUGCUCAAAACAUGCUAGAAAGGAGCAGAAUAGCUGAGGUGGUGAAACACUGGUGCAGGGUGGUAAAGAAGCCAUGGGAAAGGUGCGAUGAAAGGUGGUUAUUUCGAGUGUGAUAAGUAAUCAAGGAAGCUUACAUAUACCAUUUAUACCUUUUCAAAAAGCUGAAAAUAUUGCACAGGCUUAUCAUGAAAGGUGACCUGGCGGUGGAGUAGCAGUGGGUGAGAACAGCAAAUGUUGGGGUUUGGACCAAAGCCGUCCAGAACUCCUGGUGUGUGUCUUCAGCUGCUGUAAACAGAGUCCCGAGGGGCUUCACAUCUCUGAAGAACAAGAGCUUCAUCUACUAAACCAGAUGAACUCUGCUGUUCUGGGCAAAAAACAGUGGUGCAAAAUCGCAAAGGGAGAUUAGUUUGCUGCCUCAUCGAGUAUGUGGUGCUGUAAGAGGAUUGGAUUUGCAUAUCCAAGGAGCAGUGAUUUCUCCUAUUAUUGAUUCAGGAUUUUCAACUUGAUGUUUGUUGUGUUGCUUUGAUUACCCCUAUGGUCAUAUUUAGUUAAAACUCUAUAGGUAGUUCCCUACUGCUUGCAAGAGGAGUAUUGAUUAUUUCUAAUGGGUCAAAAUAACAAAGUGUAGUUUUUGAGUGAAGGCUCAAUGUCUCUUUACACUCAGUGGUUCUUUAUUACCAGGUAUUCUUGGAUCUAAAACUUUUAAGUUUUUUGCACUGUUGGAAAAUAUAUUUUAAUCCUAAUUUCUUAUGGAAAAGUUUGACUGUUUCUCUUGCUAACAAAUAGCUUUCUUCUACGACUAAGCAAGCUUCUCUUCAAAGAAAUCUAGCAACCUGGACGCGGUGUGCAGCCCGAACACUCCAAAUAACUGUGUGCAGUCGGGAGAAGGAGUCCUGCUGCCUUGUUAUGGUCACAGGUUGCCUUGUUGGGAGCAACUGUACUGAAACAUAAAGUGCUGCAAGGCCCUUGCUUAACACUGUGUCCCACUGACCUCCAGUACACCAAAUAUUCCAGCAAGCAGUGGCUUCAUACAUCUGUCCUUACAGCCUUUGUUUUAAUGUUUGCACUUUGUGUUUGCUGAGGCUGUUAAAUGAUGGUUGGAACUUAGUUUACAGGGGGUCAUUGCAGUUAUAUUGAUACGUGCUGAUAAGGUGUCCUGGGUAAGAUCACUUCUUGAAUUGUCACUCUUUGAUAGUUUGGUUUGAGAACAAUCUCAUCAUGCAACACAAAGUCAGUCCAGUAAGUCAGCAUUCUUCAGCUGAACGUCUUUCUGAUGUGAACCCACCAUGGAUGGGAUUUUUCUCUGUAGAAUCUCCCUCAGUGCAUUAUUGUCAAUUCUAGACUCUGCCAUUUCCUUAGCAACUUUCCUGCCUCUGUCUGUUCCUAAAGAUUUAUCUUGGGUUGUUUAAAAAUAUAAAGAGAAUCAAAGUGGAUAUACUGUUUGUGUCCCUAAUAUUUGUUCUUAGCCACGUGAAUGACUGAUGGCACAGACUAAACUACUCUGAGGAAAUGGCAAACCAAGAGAAAAUAGAGGGCCAGAUUUUUCCCAUUACUCAUGAUUUUUGGUCAUUUAAAGUGUUUGGUUUAUGGGGUUUAAAUAAGUUUAUAUUGGUUAUAAAUCUUCGAGAAGAGAGGAACAGGUAGCAGUAAAAUGAUGUUUUUAAACCAGUAAACUUGAGUGUACUGCUUCUGUUACUUUAAGGUUUGUUUUUAUGUUGCAAAGGAUCAUCAGGAAAUUUCAUGUAUGGCGUGUUUCAAAAAAGCCACAACAAAGUUAUUUUAAUAAGAAAAAUGAAUGCAUGAAUUAUUUAAAAUGGUUGGUGCAACUGUUCCUGUUAACUAAUCCAGGCACUUGGAAGGCAAUUACACUGAGCUCUGACAACACUGCCAACCCACUGCACAGCGCCUUACGCCAGAAGCUAUUGUUGUUUUAUUGACCACGUUCACCAUUACAUAUGCAUAUGAAAAAACAGAGGCAUUUUCAUCGGGAUUACCCUAAUAGCAUUAAGAGAUUAUUUUUUAAAUUUCCUUGGAAGGAAAUUCACUUAAAUGAGAUUACUUAUCACUUGACUGGUUUCCUAUCAUGCUGCUAUGUUUAGGUAAGUGGAGUCCAUUAGAGUAUAAAGUUUUUAAAAAACCCGAUUUUAUACAUUAAUGAUUUUGAAUAAAAGAGAAGUACUGUAUUUGUGCACAGCUUCUUUUGAGAAAGUUAAGUCGAUGUUCUGGUUAGGAGAGAUAACACUUUUUGUCCCUCUUGGUGGCCCCCCUGGUGUCACCAUUAGUUGCUAAUUACUUGCAAACAAAUAAACAAUUAACUCCUCGUGCCUCUUGGUGGGAGAGUUUUCAUUGACAUGCUAAAACUUUCUAAUAAAAGAUUUUAAUUAAUGACGUGGCAAAUCCAACCCCCUUGUCAACAUAGCUAUAAGGAGGACCUGUGGAGAAAUGCAAGUACAGUAUUGGCGCUGUGCUGGCUGAGGGUGACAGCAUGGCAGGUACAUCGCUGAGCGCGGCCACCGCAUCCGUGUCUCAGAACCUUCGGAAGGUGUCUGGUUUUGCAGAAAAGAAAACCAUACAGUGCUCGUUUUCCAUUGAAAGUAUUUUGGGACUGGAGCAGAAGAAAGAUGGCAUUCCAGCUGGGAAACCCCAUAGACCGUGGGUGGAUGCCUGCACCAACCUGGUUUUAGGUGAUGACAGAUCUUCCCAUCUGCAAAUCCCUGUUGUUUGCUAUGAAAAUCCAUUAUUCCGUGCUAACAGUAAUCCAGCACAAGAGGAAAAAGUUUUGAGGUGUGAAAACUAUUUUUCAGUCACAGAAAGGCUGUCCUUCAAACGAGAGUUGAGCUGGUACAGGGGCAGGAGACCAAGAACUGCAUUCACUAGAAACCAGAUUGAAGUCUUAGAAAAUGUUUUUAAAAUUAACUCCUACCCUGGCAUCGAUAUCAGAGAAGAGCUAGCUCGCAAAUUAGAUUUAGAUGAAGACAGGAUACAGAUCUGGUUCCAGAACCGGCGUGCCAAGCUGAAAAGAUCACACCGAGAAUCUCAGUUUCUAAUGGUGAAAAAUAAUCUCACCAACAGCCUGCUAGAGUAGAAGGAAGAUUUGCUGUUACGGUGCUACAGUACAACACGAGGAGUUACUGGAGUCUUCACAGCUUGUGUUU